AUGUUUGUUUGUGAUACAUUAGAUGUUCUCAGUAAGUUGGAUGCAGAGAGAGAAAAUAACAUAAAAUCAAAUCAGGAGCAUGAUUGGACAUACCCUAUACAACAUCCAAAUGAAUACAACCCAACUUCUCCCAAAUUUGAAUACAACGUUCCAGAUAAAAACCUGUAUAAACCUGAUUCAAACAAGUAUAAACCGGUUCCAAAAUUCCAAUAUCCCCACGAAUACAACCCGACUUCUUCAAAUAUUAAUAACAAUAUCCCGGAUACAAACCUGUAUAAACCUGAUUCGAAUCGGCAUAAUCAAGUUCCAACCUUUGAAUACCCCAAUCAAUACAACCCUUCUGCUCCAAGCAAUCCAGAUACUAACCAGUAUAAACCUGAUUCAAACCAGCAUAACCUGGUUCCACAGAUUCAAUACCCCAAUGAAUACAAUCCAACUCAUCCAACACCUAAGAUUCCGAAAACUAAUCCAAAUAUUUGGGGUGGAACACGUAAACGUCCAAAUUCCAGACGUCCAAGACCUUAUCGACGACCAAGACCUUAUCGACAACCAUCACGCAUUCGUCGGCCCCGACCAUGCAAACCAAGCAUAUGGGGAUACUAUUAUGGCAGUUAUGGUAAGUUACAUUAGGUUGUUAUGAAGUAAUGUUACUAAUAGUGAAAUUUAUGCCUAACAGUCAUUGUGCAUUACGUCGCAAACAUGUAAGAAUAUUAUAUAACUGGGUAGCAUGGAGAUCAGUCGCAUUUUCAAAACGAUGUAAAGAAGAUAAAACAUAAAUUCCGCUCGCUUGAUUCUUACAGAAUGGCAAUACUUAUUCUGACUACCUGUUAUGUAGAACACUGUGUUGUAUUUAAUUCGCGCAAAGUAAUUUCGCAACAGUCUUGUUUGAUCUCGAAUCCAUAAGAUCAGGUAACGCGAAAGAGAAUUCGUUUAAUAGUAAAAUUAAAAUUCAUGUUAGCCUUGUAAUUCGGUUAAUAGUAAAAUUAAAAUUCAUGUUAGCCUUGUAAUUACUCUUUUCGCGUUCCUUGUUUCGAAUAAUUUGUAUUACGCACACGUUGUUAGGGCUGAUACAUUUAUUUGAUAAAUCCGUUUUUGCACAAUUUUAUUUCAAACUUAAGUGAGUGCCCAUACCUUCAUGUGAUCUUUAUUCGUUAAGGCUUCUUCGCAUGUCUUAUAGGUAAUAGAAGACGGUGCAAAUUUCCAAGACCAACAACAAAUCCAACAGACACUACUACAAUCACAAUAAAAGUAACCCCGCUUUCAACUGCAGAAAGUAUCACACCUUCAGCUUCACAAAAUACCAUACCUUCAACUACAGAAAGUACCACACCUUCAACUACAGAAAGAACCACACAUUCAACCACAGAAAGUACCACACCUUCAACUACAGAGUAUGAAAGUACAACACCUUCAACUACAGAAUUUAAAAGUACAACACUUUCAACCACGGAACGUACAACAUUUUCAACUACAGAGAGAACCACACCAUCAACAACAGAAAAUACCAUACAUUCAACAACAGAAAGUACCACAUCUUCAACUACAGAGUAUGAAAGUACAACACCUUCAACUACAGAAUUUAAAAGUACAACACUUUCAACCACGGAACGUACAACAUUUUCAACUACAGAGAGAACCACACCAUCAACAACAGAAAAUACCAUACAUUCAACAACAGAAAGUACCACAUCUUCAACUACAGAGUAUGAAAGUACAACACCUUCAACUACAGAAUUUAAAAGUACAACACCUUCAACCACGGAACGUACAACACCUUCAACUACAGAAAGAACUACACCUUCAAUAACAGAAAAUACCGCACAUUCAACAACAGAAAGUACCACACCUUCAACUACAGAAAAAAACACAUCUUCAACAACGGAAAGCACCACACCUUUAACAACAGAGUAUGAAAGUACAACACCUUCAACUACAGAAUUCGAAAGUACAACACCUUCAACUACAAAACGUGCAACACAUUCAACAACAGAAAGUACAACACUUUCCUCUACAGAAAAUACCACACAUUCAACGACAGAAAGUACCACACCUUCAGCUGCACAAAGUACCUCAACUACAGAAAGUAUCACACCGUUAACUACAGAACGUACAACACCUUCAAUUUCAAAAAGUACUACAGAGCGAACGGAGCAAUAUACAACCAUACCCCUAACUGGCAGUACCACCAUUCGUACAGAGAGAACAAAACCAACAAAACAGAGUACAACGAGAGUACAAUUUACCACGACUACUGAGAUGACAGAACCAUUCACAACCAUACCUGUAACUGCAAAACCAAACAGUACCAUAACUACGGAAAAAACCACCGCCUCUACAGAGAUGACAGAACCAUACACAACCAUACCGGUGACAACAAAACCAAGCACUACCAUUGCUACAGAAACAACCACUCUUUCUGGAAUAACCACACCAACCGAACAGAGCACCACAAGAGCAAAAUUUACCACAACCACAGAAAUGACAGAACCAUUCACAACCAUUCCCUUCACCACAAAAGCAAGCAGUACCGUCCCUACGGAAAAAGCCACCACUCCUACAGAGAUGACAGAACCAUACACAACCAUACCUGUGACUACAAAACCAAGCACUACCAUUGCUACAGAAACAACAGCCACUCAUUCUAGAAGAACCACGCCGACAGAACAGGAACCAUUCACAACCAUUCCUUUUACCACAAAACCAAGCAGUACAAUAUCUAACGAAAAAACCACCACUCCUACAGAAAAUACAACAACAGCUAAACAGAGUACAGCUACAACCCAAGCUUUAACAAAUAAGGAGCCAACAGAACCGCAUACCACACUACCUGUGACUACAGAACCGAGUAGUACCAUAUCUACUAAAAGAACCACCACUCCUGCAACAAAUACAACAACAGCCAAGCAAAGUAAUGCUACACCUCAAGCUUUCACCACUAAAAAAGUAACAGAACCGCAUACCACACUUCCUGUCACUACAAAACCUAGCAGUACCGUUGGUACAGAAAAAACAACCAGCCCUACAAUAAAAACAAAUCUAACCAAAGAAAAUACCACUACAAACCCAUUUUUCACCACUAAAGAGAAGACAGAACCACGCACAACCGUACCUAGCACUUCACAAUUAAACAUCACUGAGCAGUCAUCCCAAGAAAACACAACACCCAAACCAUGUAAGCAAAUGUAUUGCACGAUUAUUCUUUUUAGUAUUUUAUAUGAUUUCCAAUUCACCCGAACCAAAUCCUCAUUAUACAUUUUCUCAGCAAAUAGGGCCUAAGGAAUUGUUUUUGAUAUGGGAAGAAAACUGCAAUACCAGGAGAAAAAGUGUCAGAGCACAAGCACAAGGACUUAAUUGUUACCCAACCUAAGUUAGUCCACUAUUCUCAGGUCUCAGUACGUAGCAGGUUUAUCUCCUUGCGAAGGACAAAAACAAUUUUGCGUGCUUUAUAUGACAGUUAUAUAGAAAAAAGUUUAAUUAAUUUAUUUUUCCAUCUAUCUAUUUGACACUGUGGCCUACGCUUGAUUAUAACGUUGCUACCUCACUUCGUAUACUUGAAAUAAAUAACAUGUCUAGUUAAACUAUAUUGUCCAGGUUUAUGAAAGCAUAGAAUAUAAUAAAGGUAACUAAUCCAGUCAAACGAGAACAAGAGUUGCAUGAGAUUUGAAAACCCUUAUCAACUCUCAUUACGAAAACGAAACGAAACCCCUUAUCAACUCUCAUUAAAGUCAGUGAGAGUUGAUUAGAGUACAUAAAUGUCCAUCAGAGGCUGAGGUCAAACGCGAACGAUAGUUGUAACACUCAUAAACUCUGAUCUUUGCUUAACUGGGGUUUAAAGGCACAGUUCAGCCUUUUGACUGAUGGUUUUUAAGGCGCAUUUCAGCCCUUUUAAUUAUUUGAAAAAACUAACUAGGAAAAUCAAUUAAGCAUAAUUCAAGAUCACCAAACUUAAUGUCUUUGACAUUUUAAAACAUUUAUAUUGUUAUUAAUAAAAACAUUGAGUUUACUGAUCUUGAAUUAUGCUUAAUUGAUUUUCCUAGUUAGUAUUUUCAAUUAAAAGGGCAGAAAUGCGCCUUAAAAACCAUCAUUGCAAAGGCUAAACUGUGCCUUUAACAUGGAUAUCUUAUGUACACUAGAGAGUGCAUCUAAUUAUUCUGCCAUUCAAAAAUUGAAGCCUAAUUGCAGAGUCAGGAUGCUCCCAUGAAAUGAGAAGAUUAGUAUGUUUUCAAUUUCUAAACAGGGAACUUAAACAUUAAGUUAAACCUAUUCCGAAUACAUUUUAAACUAUUCAAAUGAUGAAAUACUCUGCGAGCAAAGUCCUCUCCUAUUUCUUCUCGGCAUGGCACGGAGAAGCGAGAGAGACUUUGCAGAACUUGUGUAUAUUCUUUGUCGAGCAGACAAUCCAAAAACUUGGAUAAUUUUGCGUAAUUUCAGGUUGAUACCGGUUUUAUAACCGGUUUUGAUCCGAACCGGAAACUACUUAUUAAAUCUUCUUCUGGGAAAUAGGCAGUUGCUUAGCAACCCAAUAGCGCAUGCUCAAAUGAAUUUAUUCCCAAGUUCUGUAGAGUCUCUCUCGCUUCUCUGUGCCGUGCCGAGAAGAAAUACGAGAGGACUUUGCUCGCAGGGUAAUGAUGAAAGUUAUUGUGUUUUUUAAGCGUUUAUAGCGAGUGGGAACUAGCAAAAUGGCCGCCAUCUAUUCAAAUGGGGAUAACCGCUGGAAUAUUCUCGGCUUCAAUUUUACUAAAAGUGGUGCGUUAUCUAGUGUAUAUAAGAUAUCUAUGGCCUUUAAGCGUUAGAAUAAUGUUUGCACAAUUUCGAAGUAUUUUGAUGGUUGGUUCCCUUUUUUUAUCAUAUUCUUCUGUAAACUAGAUGUGUGAGUUGUCCAUAGUUGUGAAUUGGAUAACGACAAGUAGUAGCGGUUACAAAACUAUAUGUAAAAUGACCAAAAUUAACCAAAUAUCAACUGUAUUGCUUUUAGUAUGUCGAGAAGGGGAAACGCUGUUGGACAAAUGCGAACAAGUUUGCAUUUGCCGUGGCGGGCGACUUCAGGAAUGUAUCCGAAUCCGCAGAGAAUUUCUACAUAUGCCCAAAAAAGAUAGAGAACGCUAUUUAACGGUGGUUCGACUCGUAUCUACAACACAGCCGUUCAAAGGUCGAUAUGAGGCAUUACUUCAGACUCACCGACAGCUGCGGAGUUCAGGUAAGGAAUUGAGAGAAAAGAAAAUCAAAGCAAUUAAAGCAAAGGGCCAAAGUAUAAAAAUGGUCAUGCAACGCAGAACAGAGCAUAGAGCAAAGCAAAGUAAACGCAGUAAAAUAAAGUAAAAGAAGAAUUGAUUAAACAAACUAAACCAAAGUAAAGCAAAGAAAAUAAGAAAUGCAAAUAACACUGCAAAAACUGAUGUGUAUAAAUUCACACAAGUUUUUGUUUAAAAUAUUAAUAUUUUACGCAAUUAUUUGUGUGCACGCAACACAAAAAUAGCGGUAAAUUUUUAACUUAAAUUAUUGUGUUAAUUUAACACAAAGUAUCAAUUACACAAUUUAUUAUUAGCAUGGCAAAAUUACUGGAUGCUGUCCCAAAGCAAACAAAAUGGCGGAAAGGUGUUUCAAACACAAAUGUAAAAUGAAAUUGCCCUAGAGGAACUAGAUGAAAAUACGAACAAAAGCACCAAAAUUUUGCUUUAACAAAAGAACUAAAUGAAAAUACGAACAAAAGCACCAAAGUUUGGUUGAACGUCUGGCAGGACUGGGCUUUAGCGAGAGAAUAUGAUGUUGACAAUGAGAAGUAUCAAAUUUUGUCAUGUUAAUUUAAUAAUAAAUAAGUAAUUCGGCGGCUCGUCCAAUUUUGGCAAAAUUUCCAAACAUCACUCGUACUAUUAAAUAAAUCCUUAAUUGUACUCGCCAUCGCAUGGUUGCCUAUACAUAUUGUGUAAGAUUUUACUCAAGAGUUUGAGUAAGUGGACACAUAGAUUAUGUCAAUUUUUACUCAAAUGAGACGAGUUGUUUCUACUCACAAUAUCACGUAAACAAACAUGUACAGAAUGCCUAAUUUUACUCAACAAUUUGAAUAAACACUCAGCUUUUACACAAAACCAUAUGUUAGCUAGACACAAUUAUUACACAAAAUUUGUGUACAACAACAUAGAAUGUUCUUACUCAGGUUUUUGUGUUUAUCAGAACACAGCCGGAAUGUGCUCACAUUAUAUUCAUGUUACACAAUGGCUGACAAAAAUAUGAAAGAUUGGAAAAGAUCGGUGCAUAAAAUAGCAUGAAUGUAAAAACAAAGUAACAGCUAGGUUUUCGCCGAAAUACAUGACAUCUUCAAAUCGAUAUUGACAUCUUAAAAUCGAUGUGAACACGAAUAGAUUAAGGCGAAUUUCUUCUUGAGGGCUAAAAUAAAACAAUUUAUUAUAUAGAUACCGAGUAUCUCGAAUGGAUUUAUAGCCUGCGCGCAGAUUAUAUAUAAUGACAUAUAUAGUCUGAGAAUCCGUGGCAUGAAGCGUGUAUGGUCACGUGAAUUUCCCGAGAAAAGUUGGGACGAAUUGUGAUUGGUUGAACUAUAAUAAUGCAAAAUUAAUGUUAAUUCAUCGGACAUAUGCAUUGCGUUCGCAAAGCGCGUUGGGCUGUUCAAAAUUGAACGUUUCCAGGGUCAAAUGACAAUGUUUAUAAGGGGCGAGAUUACAGUUGUAUUUAUAGAAGUGUGGCGGAACAAGAGAGGCCGUUGUUUUCAAAACGGACGGCCCAUUUCGCCAAACAGAAGAUGUAAUAUUAUAGACGAAAUCAAAUUUAAGGGAGGCAGGAGUUUUGUUGAUAUAGCGAAUAAGUUUGAAGUUAUAAAUUAUAAAUUAUAAAUUAUAAAUUAUAAAUUAUAAAUUAUAAAUUAUAAAUUGUAGAUUGUAGAUUGUAGAUUGUAGAUUGUAGAUUGUAGAUUGUAGAUUGUAGAUUGUAGAUUGUAGAUUGUUGUAGAUUGUUGUAGAUUGUUGUAGAUUGUUGUAGAUUGUUGUAGAUUGUUGUAGAUUGUUGUAGAUUGUUGUAGAUUGUUGUAGAUUGUUGUAGAUUGUUGGACAUUGUAGAUUGUUGUAGAUUGUAGAUUGUUGUAUAGAUUAGUGUAGAUUGUUGUAGAUUGUAGAUUGUUGUAGAUUGUUGUAGAUUGUAGAUUGUUGUAGACUGUUGUAGAUUGUAGAUUGUUGUAGAUUGUAGAUUGUAGUAGAUUAUAGAUUGUUGUAGAUUGUAGAUUGUUGUAGAUUGUAGAUUGUUGUAGAUUGUUGUAGAUUGUUGUAGAUUGCAGAUUGUUGUAGAUUGUUGUAGAUUGUAGAUUGUUCUAGAUUGUAGAUUGUUGUAGAUUGUUGUAGAUUGUUGUAGAUUGUUGUAGAUUGUAGAUCAGUAGAUUGUAGAUUGUAGAUUGUAGAUUGUAGAUUGUAGAUUGUAGAUUGUAGAUUGUAGAUUGUAGAUUGUAGAUUGUAGAUUGUAGAUUGUAGAUUGUAGAUUAAAGAUUAUAGAUUAUAGAUUAUAAGUCUCGAAUGGUUGUAAAAUCUCGAAUAGCUGUAAAAUCUCGAAUAGCUGUAAAAUCUCGUAUACUUUUGGCCGAAACGACGCGCCAAAAUGUGGCAAAAUCCCGAAAAUAUCAUAAUAUAAAUACUAUUUAAGUGACCUUUAUUGAACGAUCACCUCUAUUAAGUGGAUGCGGUCACCUUAGGUCACUUAAAUCGAGACUUAAAUGGUAUUAUACUAGGUUACCUUAGAGGUAGUGGAUGCUGCCUUCUGUCAGAUUGCGGCAGAGCCCCCAAAUGUCACCACAGUCACUUUUUGUAGGGCUAUUCCACCUCAAAUAAUGUUUACACUUUUUGAGUUGUUUUUUUCUUAUUACAUGACAGUACGGUCAUAAUUUGUGAAUGAACUUCAUGUAAAUAUUAAAAAUGGAAAAACUUAAAACGAGGAUACCACGUUAAUACGCUCUUUCGACGAAACAAGCACAAUUAUUAAGUACUAGUUAAAACAUGAGCAGCCGAUCUAAAUUCAUGUAAGCAAAUUAUACUCACCGCUUAGCCAAAAAAACAUAUAUAAAAAAUCAUUAUUAUACUCACCGCUUAGCCAAAAAAAAAUUAUGUAUUUCAUAUCGAGAAAAAACUUGAAUAUCUUCUAAACUCUUCAGAAUUUGCUUAGAGUCAAUGUGAGUAAAAUACUCUUUGUAUUCGAGCGCUUUCAUGCAAAAAUUUUCGUUUGAACACGGCAAGUAAAAAAAAUUAUUUUGAAUUUUUCAAAACAUCAGGUUUUUACUCGCACGCACGCGCCCGUGUAUGCUUGGCUAUAUAAAGACUAUAAAGAGAAUCGAAUAGCAACUGUGAGUAUUUUGACCUGCAGAAUCGAUAUCCGGUUUAUCCAGUCCCCUAGGAUGUAAACAGCGCUUUGUUUUGAUCACGGGCAGCGCCAAAAAUUUAAAUAUUCUGUAAAUACCGAAAUAAAAGAAGAAAAUCUGAAGACAGAAGCUUGAAAAUAACACUCUGCGACACUCUAAAUAGUGUUUUGGAUUUUGGUUCGAAUAAGACUAUUACGAAAAAGAUAUGUCCAAAAGGGGCCGAAGUUAUGUUCGGCGAAAUGUAUGGCUUUGGCUAGUUUACAUUGUUCGAAUAUAAGAAAUAUGAUACCGCUUGACCUCUCAAAGGUCAUAAAUAGCUAUAAAUAUUGUGGACAUUUGACUAAAACUAUCGUUUAGUGCGGGAAUUAGGAGAUUUUGUUUCAUUCAAUCGAACGGUAGUAUUUUUGCUUUCAUAGCUUACACCGAACCGAAAAUAUGAAUCUUCCAAAGUCAUAGAAUUGAGAGAUAUCAGAUAAAGUUGAUUCACGCAUAGCAUUGUGGGUCUAUCUAACAUUUUACCACAAUGCAAUGCGCUAAGGCAAAAUUUAAAAAAUUCCCAACUACAUCAAUUAGGUCAGCUGCCUUGCUCGCUCGCUGAAGGCUCGCUCGCUGCCAGAGGCGCCGGAAUAUCGAUAAUUGGGGGGGGGGGGGCAGAUAUUCAUAUAUUCGUGUUCUGCCCAAUUAAUUUCUUUUGAAAUAGAUUGUUUUUACAGUCUGUGAAAACGAAUAUAUGAAUAUCUGCCCCGCUAGUAUCGAUUCUCCUGCGCCUCUGAUCGCUUCGGCAGCAAUUAUGAAAUUUUAGGGACUUUGCUACAUGACCGCGUAACAAAGGGUGACCGCUUAAUACGGUACUGUAUGGCGCGCCGUUCCGGCCAAAAGUAUUCGAGAUUUUACAGCUAUUCGAGAUUUUAAAGCUGUUCGAGAUUUUACAACCAUUCGAGACUUCAAAUUUAUUCGCUAUAUACUUUAUACUUUAUACUUUAUUUAGAAAUGGUAAAUACAUUGCAGCCAUGAGCUGAAUUGCGUAUUAUACUUACAAUUAAAAAUUAUUAAAAAUUAGAGUUUGAAAUAUAUCAAAGUAUCAUAAUUAAUUAACUAAAUUGUCAAAAGUGUCUGUUUAUAAUAAGCAUGCAAAAGUUAUUAAGAAUAUAAAAUAGGUAAAUGAAGAGUAAAACCUAUUCAGUUUUGCUACUCGAUGCCAUAAUAAAACUAUUACUAAACCGAUUGGUUUUACAAACUGGAACGUCAAAAGAUCUAAUAGAUCUCAGGUCGUGGAUGGAGUUAUGCCUUGGCGGCAAGAGGUAAUGUAGACUGUGAUUAGAAUCUUUGAUAAUUGCAUUAAACAAUUUCUUGCAGCCGUUUUGAUGGUGAGUGGAAAGAUGUUCAAUUCCACUGAGAUUUAAAGCUUCCUCAUAUUUCAAAUGGGGAUAAAUAAUUCCAAAUACGCGUUUCUGGACUCGUUCCAAAUCUUGACUUAAAUACUUGGGUAGGCUGUAGUGGAAAACCGGGACAGCAUAGUCCAACACAGAUCUUAUACAGGUUAUGUAAAAUGUGAUUAGUUCUUGUAUUGGGAUUUUUGCUCUCUUAAGUUGAAUAAGGAAAUAUAUCCUUUUGGAGGCUUUCUUGACUAAUUCAGUGAUAUGUUUAUUCCACGUAAGGUUGUUGCUAAUGUUAAGACCAAUCACUUUAAAAUCGGAUACAACUUCUAUGAUUUGAUUCUCAAUUGAAAUUGGGUUAAGCUCGGGUUGAUUCCGUGCAAAAGAAAUUCGUAUCUCCUUACAUUUAUCAGCAUUUAAUUGCAUUCUAUUGAUAUUGGACCAAUCUAAAAUUUCAUUUGCAAUCAGUUGAGCUUCACUGUGCUCGCCUUGCAAUACGACUUCCGACGCCGUGGUAUCGUCAACGUAUUUCCAUAAGUUCUCACUAUGUUUCUUCAAAUCAUAAAUCAUUAUUAAGAAGAGCCAAGGGCCUAAUUUGGUUCCUUGAGGAACACCAGCCGGUACUUGGCUCCAUUCAGAAAGGCAACUAUUUGACAGCUUAACCCUUUGAUAUCUAUCCGAUAAAAAGUCGAUAAUCCAGUUGAUGAUACUAGUUGGUAAAUCUAAAGCACCUAACUUGAUCCUUAGGAUACUAUGAUCGAUGAAAUCGAAUGCCUUUUUAUAGUCAAAUAGAAACACUCGGAUAGUUGGUCCUGUUCCGUCCAGCAUUGAGGUCCAGUGAUGUAACAUGUCUAUUAAAGCAAAAGUGGUUGAAGAAUUAGGAAUAGAACCAAAUUGAUUUGAGUCGAUGGAUUUCAGAACCGCAGGUUUGAUAUAUCUAUUUACCACACAUUCUUCAGCUACUUUGGAUAUGCUCGGGGUCAGUGAGAUAGGUCUGAGAUCUUUUUCUAAGAUUUGAACUGUCUUAGAUUUAGGUAUAGGUAAAACAUUGGCUAGUUUCCACAUCGAUGGAAGUCGUUGUUGCUUGAAGGAAGCAUUUAAGAUGGUACUAAUUAAUUGGGAACGCUAAUAUAGCUGCAUAAUCACGAAGAAGCCAAUUUGAUAUUUCAUCAGGACCACAAGUUUUUGUAGGGUUCAGCUUUGAUAAAUAUGAAUACACUGUUUCUUCAGUGACUACUAAAAACUCAGGGUUGUUAACUUCUAGCUCGAAAGGAAGAAGGGGGCUGGGCAGUUUAUAUACAGAUAAGGGAUCCAAGAAAGCUUCAUUGAUCUUGUUAGCUAAUUCUUGCUCAGAUAAUUGUUCGAGGUUUUCAAUAUCUAUUAUAUUUCUAAUAUCACUAGAUCUAGUAGAUGCCAUUCCACUUAAACGCUUUACUUCUUUCCACCAUUCCUUGGAGUCUGUUUGUUUCAUUUGAUGUACACGGAGUUUAUAAUAGUUUGAUUUACAGAUUUUCCUUUCUCGAUUUACUUGGUUUCGAAGAGAUUUAAAACUGCUCGAGUCAGGGCCAUAGGUAGAAAAAGCUUUCUGCCUUUCAAUGAUCAGCGAUUUGAAAUGGUUCGUUAUCCAGGGGGCAUCGACAGGACAUUUCUUUGAUCGUGUCAUCGGCAUUAAAAUAUUAACCCCAGUAAGGACUAUGCUUUGAAACAUGUUCGAUAACUGAUCACAAUCAUUAGUAGAUGGAAUAAUUUGAGGCCAAUCAAUCGAGUUUAGAUAUCUUCCCAGGGCUCGUUUGGAACUUGGAUUAAUAUUACAUCAAUUUGAUCGAGGAAAGUAAAGGUGACUCCAAGAAGCUAUGGAAUGCUGUUAACGAAGCAUCUUCUAGGAAAUGUCAAUCGUCCAACCCAACUUGCAUUAUCUCGGAUGGAGUUGAAUAUACAAACAAUAAAUCGAUUGCUUCUAUUUUGAACAAACAUUUCGCUACUAUAGGUCAAUAUCUUGCCGAGAAGCUACCCGCUAUAACACCAAGUUAUGCAUCAAGUUACUAUCUAUCUAAUGGUCAACAUUAUAAUAUCCUUCCCGUUGAUGAAUCUUUCGUUAUUAAACAUCUAAAAUCUCUCAAAGCUUCGAAAGCAACUGGUUUGGACAAGAUAAAUAUAAAGCUACUUAAAGAUGCAUCAGAAAUAAUUGCUCCUUCGAUUACAAAGCUCAUAAAUCGAUCCAUUCAAAAUCAUACAUUCCCUUCAAGUUGGAAAUGUUCGAAGGUAUUUCCUUUGUACAAAUCUGGGGACAGAGCGAACGCAACUAAUUACCGUCCAAUAUCAGUUCUACCUGCAUUGAGCAAGUUAAUGGAAAAAGCUGUUUAUACUCAACUUUAUGAUUAUUUAACAGAACAUAACAUUCUCAAUGAUAAUCAGUUUGGUUUUCGCCGAAAGUGUUCCACAACAACAGCACUCUCGAGUUUUGCUGACGAGAUUCUGGCCAGUAUGGAAAAGGGAGAAGUGUGCGGUGCCGUGUUUUUGGACCUGUCCAAGGCCUUCGACACGGUCGAUCACGCUGUUAUGCUGAAGAAAUUAUCUGCCAUUGGUGUUUCUACUGAAGAUAUAGCAUGGUUUGCUUCCUAUCUAAGUUUUCGAUCGCUUCGAACUACUUGCGGUCCUGAGCUGUCUGAACCAUUACGCUGUAACUUUGGUGUCCCACAGGGCAGUAUUCUUGGCCCUUUACUCUUUUUGAUUUAUAUCAACGAGAUACCAAGUUUCAUUAAACAUGCACAAUUAUCUCUUUACGCAGACGAUACUGUCCUGUAUUACUUUUCUAACACUUCGCAGGAUCUGGAGGAGAAACUAAAUGCCGACCUGCGUAAUGUUUGUGUUUGGCUUAAUGAGAAUAAACUAACUUUGAAUACAAAAAAGACCAAAUUCAUGAUCAUUGGGAGUAGCCGUAAACUUUCUAAUAUUGAUUCCGUCACAGUCAAGGUAGCUGGCAGUAAUAUAGAAAGAGUCGAAGAAUUCUCGUAUCUUGGAAUAACUUUUUCAACUAAUAUGACCUGGACUGAACAUGUUAACCAACUCUGUUCAAAGAUCAGCAAACGCCUGGGGCUCCUGAAGAGAAUUAAGCAUCUGCUACCGCGAUACGCAAGACUACUUUUUUACAAGAGUCUUAUUUUACCUCUGUUUGACUACGGCGACCUGGUAUGGGGUGAUAAGAACAAUGACGUACUGAUGGGCAAUUUACAAAUUCUCCAAAACAAAGCAGCAAAAAUCAUCCUUGACUAUCACCCACUUUCUUCGUCUAGUGCUGCGCUGGAUGAGUUGGGAUGGAACAGGCUUCACCAACGUCGAUUUUAUCAUAGAUGUUUAUUCAUUUUUAAAUGUUUGAAUGGGCUAUCUAUGUCUAAGCUAAUCUUGAAAUCGCUAAGCGAACUUCAUUCCUAUAACACUAGAAAUAAGAACAAUUUAUGCUUGCCUAAAGUUAAACGAAAUUGGGGCAAACAAAGGCUCGAGUACCAUGCAGUAAACGAUUGGAACACUCUUGACGAAGAGACUAGACAUUCAGACUCAAUUGCUAAGUUCAAAAUGAACUAUUUUAAAACUCACUAGUGCUGAAUUAUAACACUCAUAGCAUGCUGACGUAUACAUACUCUUUGAAUUCUAUUUAGUUACUAUUUUUAUUGUUGUAGAUAGCUCACAGCUCUUAGUCUUACUUGUAAUUUAAACACUAGGCAUACUUUUAUUGAUUUUUAACGUUAACCUCAUUGUAAUGUAAUGUGAUGGAUUUGGUUUUUAUGACUCAUAUUUUUAUAUGUAUAUUUUUAAAUAUAGGACCUCUCUGAAAAUCACUUUACGUGAGAGAGUUUCCUAUUUAAAUAUUGUCAUAAAUAAAUAAAUAAAUUACAAAUUUUACAACUGUAUGUUAUACAGAUGGUACAUUACUGCUAUCAAUAUAAACUAAGAAUCUGUUUGAAAUGUAACACUGCUUGUAGUCUUGCUACUCCACUCUCUUGUUGUUCCUGAUAGUUGUAUUUAUUCUCAUAAAUUAAGUUAUGUUAUUGUAUAUUUAUACAGUAUUUGUAAAAUUGAGCGCACAGUAAUUGGUUUUUAUACUGUUGUGAUGACACUGCCACUCUUUUAUGUGAUAAAGAUAUCAUCAAUUCAUAUCAUAUCUCAAAAAUUAGGUGGGCACCCAUUUAUAGAAAAUCAUGAAUAGAAACAAAAAUCCUAAAUCAUGCCUACUAAAAACUUCAAAUUCCUAUCAACAUAGCAUGAGGGUUUUUUUACAUUUUUUUUUUUUUUUUUAAGAAUUUUAGAUGAUUCUUCAGUCUUACUUGUUUUAAUGUACACUUUUGUAAGUUUUGAAACAAACAGACAACUUACAAAAGUGUACAUAGCAUGAGGUUGUUUCAGAUAAAUAUAUAUUACAGAAAAUCUAUUUUUCCUAUAUUACAAAUUUAGUUUAAGUAUGUUUUUGUCAUUGAGCAAGGAUUGGGAAAUAAUGCAAGAAAUAUUUAAUGCUUGCAUAUUUUCUUUGCCUUGAAUGGGUCGUUCCAGAAUAGAUCCAUACUCCCCCCACAGAGGAAAUUUCUGCCGUCCGGAGGGGGAGGGGACAAAAAAUUGUUUCUGAUAAUAGUAAAUGUAUUAGGGCAUCCGAAGGGGGUAGGGGGUUAACUUCCUAUUUCCUCCGUGGGGAGGGGGGGGUAUGGAUGUUUUCUGGAAUGACCCAAUACUUCAUUGUGCACAGAAUGACGAAGACAAAUUAUGCUAUAUGUUAAAGAAAGCAAUGUUGUCCCAAACGUUGUCUAUUGACCUUGUUUACAUACAAUAAGUUCUAUUUAAAGUAACACACCUGAUUGGAUAAUAAAAUUAGAAAGCCACUGAAGUGCACAAUAUUAUAUCUAUUUAUACGACUACAUCACUGUGCAGCAUUAGUGACAAAUGGCCACAGACUGUUAAAUAUCUAUUUAUACGACUACGUCACUGUGCAGCAUUAGUGACAAAUGGCCACAGACUGUUAAAUAUCUAUUCAUACGACUACAUCACUGUGCAGCAUUAGUGACAAAUGGCCACAGGCUGUUAUCCUUCCACCACGAGGGGGAGAGGGGUAUAGAAAAUCAUAAAUAAAAACAAUCCUAAAUCAUGCCUACUAAAAACUUAUUCAACACUAACAACCCAACACAGCAUGUAGUUGUAUAAGAACUCUAUUAUUUUCUAGAUCAAAAAAUUUACAAUCUAUAUAUUAUACAUUACGUAUUAGAUAUAAACUAGUUGGGGCAUUUAUAGAAAAUCAUAAAAGAAAAUAAAACAAAAAUCCUAAAUCAUGCCUACUAAAAACUUAUUCAAAUUCCUAUAAACAUAGCAUGUAGUUGUAAGAAGCAUGUUUCGUGAUAUAUUUAUGCCGCAAUUUUUGCAUGUUUUAAAUUAAACAUGCAUCAUUUUUACAGAUUUCAGUCCGCCAUAUUUUUAGAUUGUUACACUGCGCAAUAUUGUUUCCACUUAAUUAAGGCAGCCUUACUUUGUUCCUAUUCAUAGGGAACCCCCAUUUUAUCACUAUUAUAAAUAUCCACUAACCUUACAUCAUCAUCCUUCUUUAGUAAUUUAAAGUUAGGCAAUCGUACCAAUUUAUAUAAGAUAUUUGCCCAAGAUAUCCCUCGUCAUAUUGCACAUUUGCCCAAGAUAUCCACCAAGAAAAUGCACACGGUGUAGGUUUGCCAGCGACACAUCAUCAUCCAUCCAUUACAAUGCCUGAUGUCUCCUUGCAACAACCAGGACGAGCAGAAAAGAAUGCAUUCACUAAAAUGACAAAUGUUAUAACAUAUUUAGCUUCAAAAUCCCUAUGCUUUAUGCACUCAUCUCUUUACUAAAUUAUUUAAACUAAAUUUCACAAAACAUUAAUUUAAGGUAUAAUUCAAUAUUUUAUCCCAGAACAAACAUCAAACGCAAAGCAACUUGCAACGGCAAGAUAUAGAGCUGCAACUUGCCCUAAACUUGAAUAUAAUUUACUCUCUGGGAUGCCAAUUUCUGUCUUAGCAUAAAAAUACAGACUUCUGAUUGGUGUGGGUAUUUACAAAAGAAUCUCCCUGAAUGGAGAAUAGAUUGAAUGCAGCAUACAAAAUUAUUAUUCCAAAUGUAUAAUUUCUAUGCCAUAAAGAUUUAUAUUGGCAAAUAUAAAAUGACCAAAACAUUUGGGUCAAAUGCAAAGGGGGACCACAGGCAAGAAUCAAGGUCUAGCCAGCUGAGCCACAGAUUAAGUGAAGACAGAUGUAUAACUUCAGUAAAAAAGUUGUCCCACAAUAAGUUCUUUGUAUGUUUGCAUGGCGAUAAAACAUAUAAUAGUUUUGUUUGUGGAAACACCAUGUACAUUUAUUACUGCCAAGCUUUCGAUCUGUAAGCCCGGAUCUUCAUCAGUGCUAAUAAUAUGUGAGUCAACAGAUCAAGACAUUUUUUGUAUAUAAAAAGGGCGUGUGAAUUAAACAAGUCACAUAUUAGCACUGAUGAAGAUCCGGGCUUACGGAUCGAAAGCUUUGCAGUAAUAAAUUUAUGUGGGGUUUCCACAAACAAAACUAUUAUAUAGUUGUCCCACAGUCGCCAUCUUCCUAGCAAGUGUCGCUCGCAUGAUCAUUUGUCAUUUGAUAAUACGUCAUUGCUUUCACAAAAUGCUUUCAACACCUUUUCUACAAAUGAUGCUAUAGAUAAACAAGCAUGUUUAUAAACAAGCUGCAGGGAAAACAACCAGGAAAUUUUCCAGAAAAUUGGGCUAAAUUUUCCAGAAAAUUGGCUAUUCCAUUUAAUAUCCAUAAUCUCCCUUUUUAACUCCGGAAUUCCUCAUGGAUAAACAAAUUCUCCUGUGGAAUUCUUCAGGGGUUGGUUAUUUCAAAUGCAAUUCCUUUAGGGGUCAGAUGUAAAAAAUGUAAUUCUUCAGGGGUAACAGGAAUUCUUCAGGGGAUCUCUUUUAUGUCAGGAAUUCUUCAGAGAUAUGGUAAAACCAUUGUCCUUGAUAGGGGGGUUACGUCUUUUAAAUGGAAUAGCCCAAUUCAAAACAAGCCCCAAAAUCUUGUAAAACUUUCUGAAAAUUGUUGAGAAACAUUUCUCUCGUCAAAACUAUAUUAAACUUUUGACGGAUAAAAAACCACCAUUGAAGGAAAAUUCAUUCUUGACAUUUCUUGUAUGAUAGUGCUUAUAAAUAAUUAUUAAUAUCGAACUAAUGAUUAUUAGUGAUUAUAUUUAUAUUCCGGCGCAGUUAAAUUAGGUUCACGCGUGAGUGAACUCUGCGUAAUUCUGCGAAAUAUUGCUGGGGGGUGUUUUAUUUUCUUAUUAAACAAGAUAUCAAAUUAAUUGUAAAGAGCUGGUGAAUAUUGCCUUGUGGUUUUUAUCCUUGUACUGUAUCGUGGUAGAGAGUUAUAUUGGAUUUUGUCUUUGCGGUGUCAUAAUUAUUAUUGUCACGCACUAUAAACAGGAAAUUUCAGUUUUGGCCAUAUAUCUUGUCUUGUACUGGCUGGAUUUUAUUAAAAAUUACUGUGUGGAUUGUGAUCUGUAUUUGUGCUGUAUUGCCAAAGUUUGGUACUCCCAAGUUACUUAAUUUUUUAAUUAUUUGGAUGUUAUAUAUUUGUCCAUUGGCAUAUUCCGACUAAUUAUUGCGUUGGAAUUUAUUUUUAUCGUCAAGUUCGUUCGCGUAUUUCCCGACUGUGGAUCUUUGUUGCUGUAAACUAUCGUUAUAUCUGUACUUACUUCAUCUUUUGGAGCAUUUUGAUAUGUAUUUCGUCUAGUUAUGUGGAUUAUUUCUGGAGUUAUCUGUAUUUUGGAUUAUAUUUACUGUCAUUACUUAUAACACUUUUUACCUGUUAUCGGAUUUUAUAUUUUGCUUGUAUCUUUGGUCAUAUCAACGUUACGUGGCUGAAACUUGGUGAAUUAACAGAUUUCCUAGUUAUUUUCAUCUCCAGCGAAUUUCACGCUCAUAUCGUAUAUACAAUUCAAACUGUUUCAAUUUUAUUGUUUUUCCAACGGUCAUUUUGUCAGGCAACCUUCGCAGUGUUUGGGGAUUUCCCGUAUUAUGUCACUUUGCAUCUAAAAUGCCACGACCUUUUGACCCUGGAAGUGAUACAUAAAUUGCCGAAACAUUAAUCUGUAGGUUUUUCCAAAACUAAUUUAAUAUGAUUCAAUCCUUGUUUGAAAUUGGAACAGAAUUUGACUUUGUUACUUGAGUUCAGCAACUUACUUUAAAUACUUAACUUUCCUACUUAUAUCACUGUGAAGAAAGUAUGGCAGUUGUGAAGAUAAGUACUCUGUAUUUUCUGCUUCUUCUUCUGACACUACGUUUAAAGUUCGAUAUAGAUAACCGUUUCAAUUAUGACACCGAUAUCACUGUUUCACAAUGUUAUAAAGAUAAUUUCUUUGUCCAAUGUGCUCAACUUCCUAAAUUGAAUCGGAUCAAAUGUAACAAGUACUUAGCUGCGUGAAUAAGUCGAUAUCCGAAUUCGGUUUCAACAUUUCAACUAACAAGCUUGGUACUCAGCGGGGACAUUUCUCCAAAUCCUGGUCCUGAUCACCACACUAAAACUACCAACGGUUUAAAGGCCUUAUAUUUGAAUGCAACAAGUCUAAAAGCUUUUGCAUCACUUGAUGGUGGCUCUACUAAAGUAUGUAAGAUCACGCUACUUCAACAUCUAGUUUUGAGUGGCUCCUAUGAUAUCAUAUGCAUAUGCGAGACAUGGCUAAAUGGCUGUAUAUUGGACAGCGAAAUAUUAUCUGGCUAUAACAUAUUUCGCCGAGAUAGAAUUGACCGUGUUGGAGGUGGCAUCUUAGUUGCAAUAAAGGCUGAUAUUAAAUCAACUCGACGUUUAGAUCUUGAAAGGAAAAGUGUUGAACUUGUUGUAGUUGAACUUAGAAGACCGGACAGUCGAUCAUUUUUACUUUACAUGUUUUACCGUCCUCCCGAUUCUUUGCCUGAAGUUCUUCAGCACCUUAUCGUUGCAAAGUAUUCAAGAAUCUGACUGUUGUGUUGUUGUUGGUGAUUUCAAUUUGCCCAUGCUGGACUGGUCGAAUGAUCAAGCUGCGCCUGUUAAUAUCGGGGGAAACGCAAGUGGUAAUGUGCUUUGUGAAUUGGUUGGAGACAAUUUUUUACAUCAAUUCAUAGAAGGCAAGACACACGAAGCAGGUAAUAAACUAGAUUUACUGCUAUGUAAUUUUCCUGAGACCAUUGAGAAAGUAACCACAACACCAGCUGACGAAUGCGGUUUUCCAUCAGAUCAUUAUAUCAUAGAUUUUAUAAUCAGACUUAAGUUUGAACGCACUAAGCCUAUUAAACGCCAAGUCUUCAAUUAUUACCAGGCAGAUUUUGAAAGCUUGCGCCACUCCUUGUCCCGCAUCCCGUUUGAAAAUAUUUCCUCCUAUGAUAACAUUGAUGAUCGUUGGUCUUGCUGGAAAACAUUAUUUAUAACUGCAGUGAGUGAACAUGUUCCUACCAAGUUUAUCAAAGAUAUUAACACUCCGCCUUGGAUAGAUCAGGAAGUCCGCCAUCUAAUUAGAAAGAAAUACUCGGCCUUAAAAAGACACAGAAAAAAUAAAUCUGAUGCCCUCAAAAAAAAACUUCGGGAUAUUAGUCAAGCUGUUAAAUGUCAAAUUAAGAGAAAAUAUCGUGAAUACCUAACCAAGAUCGAGAAAUCCUUAAAUUCUAAUCCCAAAACUUUCUGGAGUUAUCAUAAGGCUAUGUUACAUCAAAGAACAAACCAUAUUUCUGCGAUCAUUUACAACGGUGUUACAGCAACUAAUCCAAUUGAAAAAGCAGAACUACUCAAUGCUUAUUUUACCUCUGUGUUUUCCAAACCAACUGCAAACACGGAUUAUGCGAAUUUUCUGAAUUAUCAGGAGUUUUGCUCAGAACUUGCUGAAUUCCAAUUGACUACGGACGAGGUCCUUGCUUAUCUGAAUUCUUUGGAUACAUCUAAAGCAUGUGGCCCUGAUGGGAUACCAGCGCGUUUACUUAAAGAGUGCAGUUUCCAGAUAGCACCCAGUUUGUGUGGUUUGUUUAACUAUUCGUUACAUAUAGGACGUCUUCCAUCAGAGUGGAAAGCAGCUGACAUCACUCCAAUACAUAAAAAAGAAUUAAGAGAACCAGCUGAAAAUUAUAGACCCAUAUCUCUUCUUCCAAUUAUAGCCAAAGUCUUGGAACGUUGUGUGAGUAAAAGGUUAUAUGAUCACGUAAUAAAUGCUAUUUCUCCACAACAACAUGGUUUUGUAAGGAAUCGUUCGUGCGUAACUCAACUCUUACAAGUGCUUCAUUUAAUCGGACAAAACCUAGACAAAAAUAUCCAAACAGACAUACUAUAUUUAGAUUUCGCCAAAGCCUUCGACUCCGUCGACCAUAAUUUGAUAAUUGAAAAGCUUAAGUUUUUGGGGGUUAAAGGGAUGGUUCUCAAUUGGUUUCGAGACUAUCUUAAUAAUCGGACUCAAAGGGUUGUCAUGGAAGGGGUAUGCUCUGGCUGGACACAUGUGACUUCUGGUGUGCCUCAGGGCAGCAUACUGGGACCUUUGCUGUUUGUUAUUUUCAUAAACGAUCUUCCAAAUGCUGUGCCACAGACUACGAAAGUUGCGCUAUAUGCUGACGACACCAAAUCAUUCCGAGAAAUAACUUCCGAAGGUGAUUCUUGUGACUUACAACAAGCUCUAACUAAUUUGUCGACCUGGAGUAGCAACAACAACAUUUCUUUUAACGAGUCGAAAUGCAAGACGAUGACGGUUACUAGGAAGAAACAACCUAUCCCCUUUAUCUAUCAUCUUGACCUGUUUCCUAUCAUUAAAGUACAAGAAGAAAAAGAUCUCGGUGUACUAAUGACCAGUAGCCUAUCAUGGGAUUCCCACAUCCAAAGAAUAUCUGCGAAAGCUAAUAGAAUGCUCGGGCUACUGAAAAGAACCUGCCCUCUCUUGACUCAAGUGCAUGUCAGGAGAACUCUGUAUUUGGCCCUUGUCAAAUCACAAGUAUGCUACGCAAGUGAAGUCUGGUCUCCUCACCAAAGUAACCUGAAAAUCAAAUUAGAGCAAAUACAAAGGCGUGCCACUAGAUGGAUCCUGAAAGUAAAUGUGGGAGAUGUUCCGUAUCGAGACAGGUUAUCUGUUCUAAAUAUGUUACCUUUAUGUUACGAUCGAGAAAUAAGAGACUUGAUGUUCUUCUAUAAAGCUCUCCAUGGAUUUUACGACUUAAAUGUGGAGGAUUUUGUCUCCUUUGUCACUCAUGGGCGAACACGUCUCAGUAGUAAUUCCACCCUUGUUUUAAAAAUACCAUAUUGUAAAACAACUACAUUUCAGGCCUCAUUUUUUAAUCGAAUUGUAAAGAUAUGGAACUCUAUAUGCAAAGUUGCCACAUGUAGCAGCUUUACUAGUGUCACCACUUUUAAAACGUUCUUAAUCAAUCAUUAUAAUGAACUUUUAUUGAAUGUUUUUGAUGCAAAUUUGACAUGUACUUGGUCAGUUGUUAGAGACUGUGCUUGUCACAGGAGUUAAAGCACGUUUACGCAUUACGACCGGUCGGGGUACCUCUUUUAUGAUUGAUGCCACCAAAUGACGUUUUAUCUGGCUUACAAAAAUUAUUUUAACACAGGUCCUAUCACUUUGGCCUGAAUGUGUGUAAACGUGCUUUCAACGAUUUUAAAUUUUAAAUUUUAUGUAAAUUUGUAAAUGUCGACAGAAGUCAAAUCGGG